GCAUGUUGCUAGAUGUGACACUUUGGUGGACACAUUCGACGAACUACUUGGGGUAUUGCGACCACACAUCACCAAAAAGAAUACAAACUUUAGGAACGCUAUAAGUCCAGAAGAAAGAUUAACGGUAACACUUAGGUAUUUGUCUACUGGAAUGACCUUCUCAAGCCUUGGGUACGAAUUCCAAAUUGCAAGAUCUACAAUUGGAACAAUAAUCCGAGAAACCUGUGAAGCGAUUUGGAGUACUUUGAAAGAGCAAGAAAUGCCGGAACCCACUGAAGAGGUGUGGUUGGGCAUCGCAGAUCAAUUUUAUUUAAAAACAAACUUUCCUAACUGUGUAGGCACGAUAGAUGGAAAGCAUAUAAGAUGCAUGAAUCCCCGAAGAGGAGGAUCAAAUUUCUUCAAUUAUAAGAAGUUCUUUUCUAUUGUGCUAAUGGCAGUUGUAGAUGCAAAUCUCCGUUUUGUCGCAAUUGAUGUUGGUGCAUACGGAAAAGAAGGAGACUCGACUGUAUUUCGGGACAGUCCAUUAGGCAAGAAACUGUACUCUGGCAGUUUGAAUCUGCCACCGCCUCGUUGUUUACCGAACACCCAGCCCGAGGAAAUUCCCCAACCCUUCGUAAUGGUUGGGGAUGAGGCAUUCAAACUUCAUACGAACCUCUUGAAACCGUAUCCAUCCCGCAACAUGAAUGCUACAAAAAGAGUGUUCAAUUACAGACUAUCAAGGUGCAGACGCAAUGUGGAGUGCGCCUUUGGAGUUCUGGCAAACAAGUGGAGGAUUUUUCAUACUCCCAUUCUUGUGCAACCUAGUUUCGUGGAUAAAAUAGUGCAAGCUAGUAGUAUAGUAAGGCCGAUCCUGGACCACUUUACAUUGAAAAGUGCCAUAUGA